GCUGACCUGAGCUGGUCCCACUCCUCACACGAACUGUGCCACCCCAACCUCACUUCCUUUUUCUCUUCUUUAAAUACUUCAUCCUCUCUUGCUCUUCAUUCAUUCGUUCAUUCCUUUCUUCCUCUCUUCAUUGGGUUGAAAUGGGAAACAACUCCAAUAUGGUUAUGCUGGGUUUGGUUCUGUCAAUCCUGUUGUUUUCUCUGGUUUCCUCUGCCGCCGGUGGUGAGGGGCUGCAUAGGAUUGGGCUCAAAAAGUUCAAUAAGCUGGAUGGCCAUGACCGCUUGGCUGCACGCCUUGGCUUCACAGAUGUUGAGUCCAUGAGGUCCACCAUUAAGAAGAUGAUACUCCAAUACUACCUUGGAGCUCCCGGGGACGCCGAUAUUGUUGCGUUGAAGAAUUACUUGGAUGCUCAAUACUAUGGUGAAAUAAGCAUUGGUACCCCUCCCCAGAAGUUCACUGUUAUUUUUGAUACUGGUAGCUCUAAUAUGUGGGUUCCAUCAUCUAAAUGUUACUUCUCGGUUGCUUGCUACGUACAUAACAAGUAUAAGUCCAGUGAAUCAAGUACAUAUAAGGAAAAUGGGACUUCUGCUGCUAUUCAAUAUGGUACUGGAUCAAUUUCUGGAUUCUUUAGCUAUGAUGAUGUCAAAGUUGGUGUCAUAACUGUAAAGAACCAGGAAUUCAUUGAAGCAACUAAAGAGCCUGGAGUUACAUUUGUAGCAGCUAAGUUUGAUGGUUUGGUUGGACUUGGAUUCCAAGAGAUAGCAGUUGGAAAAGCUGUUCCACUGUGGUACAAUAUGAUUGAGCAGGGUCUUGUUAAGGAUCCAGUAUUUUCAUUUUGGCUCAAUCGUAAUCCAAAUGACGCUCAGGGUGGCGAGAUUGUGUUUGGUGGUGUUGAUCCUUCUCACUUUAAGGGUGAACAUACAUAUGUGCCAGUGACAAAAAAGGGAUAUUGGCAGUUUGACAUGGGAGAUGUUCUUAUUGGUAGCAAACCCACUGGUAUGUAUAGACAACAACAUAUUAGAGCAAAAUUCCCGAUAAUUUUUUUUGAUAGCUUGAACGUGAUAGAAUUUUCAUGGUUUGUUCAUUGGUGCUUACCCUGUCAUAUUGCUAUUUGUUACCCAGGAUAUUGUGCAAAGGGCUGCUCAGCAAUUGCAGACUCGGGGACUUCUUUGUUGGCUGGUCCAACGGCUAUAAUCACACAAAUAAAUCAAGCAAUUGGAGGAUCUGGAGUUGUAAGCCAACAAUGCAAAUCUGUCGUUGAACACUACGGACAAACAAUAUUGAACUUACUCUUGGUUGAAGCAAACCCAAGGAAGAUCUGCUCUCAAAUUGGACUAUGCACCUUUGAUGGAAGUCAUGGUGUUAGUAUGGGGAUCGAGAGCGUGGUCGACAGGAAAGAAAGAGAAUUGUCUGGUGGAUACGGGGAUGCUACUUGUUCUGCAUGUGAGAUGGCUGUUGUUUGGAUGCAGAACCAACUGAGUCAGAAUCAGACACAAGAUAAGAUCAUAGACUAUGUCAAUCAGCUUUGUGAGAAAUUGCCUAGUCCAAUGGGCCAAUCAUCUGUUGACUGUGAAAAGAUCUCUUCAAUGCCUAUUGUCUCCUUCACUAUUGGUGGAAAAACUUUUGACCUUUCCCCACACGAUUACAUACUCAAGGUGGGGGAAGGUCCUCAAGCCCAAUGCAUCAGUGGCUUUACUGCUUUGGAUGUUCCUCCUCCACGUGGCCCUCUCUGGAUCCUUGGAGAUGUCUUCAUGGGACGCUAUCACACAGUCUUUGAUUAUGGCAAAAGUAGAGUUGGGUUUGCCCAUGCUGCGUAGAGAAUCUUCUUGUGUAUGUAUUGCAUAAUGGAAAUUCAUUGGAGACCAUUAUUGCUAGUAUCUUCUUUUUCGUAAUGGACCUAGAAUUGUACCUUGCAUAUAUAUAUAAUAUAUAUAUAUACUCGUCACACCCCUUUGAUUGAUUAGGAUAUAACAGAGAAUCCUUGGGGCUGUGACCAUAGUUGGCGCACCAGGCUUUUAUUUAUAUGCAAUAUGAUUGCUGGGGUUAAGGAUGUAGAUAUGGUUAUUGUGAUUCCUUAUUUUAUUCCUUGUUUUAGUUUCGGAUCCCAAUAUGCAUGUGUCGUGUGUCAGAUGAAAUGCUUCAAACUAUGCAUAUGGGAAAUGCAUCGGAGUGUUCAUCUAAUAUGUCAAUGAGUGCUUAGAUCAAUUGUUACAAAUAGUUUGUUUUUCUUUUAGGACAUCUAUCAUAAAUAAAUAAGAAUCUGGAUUUUCAUUUUUUA